AUGACUAACUUAUCAGAUAUACCAACAAUUUCUUUUAUCGGAGCAUUAAUAGUCCUUUCUGUUAUCUAUUCUUUCUUUUACUACUUAUAUAAAAACGGAAUCAAAGCAGUUCUUUCUUUCUUAUCGACAUUAUGUAUUUUUUUGAUUAUUGGCUAUACUUUAUUACUUAUCGUUUUUAUUAAACCUAAUGUCCCUGACGACAAUAUAGAAAAACUAAGAGAGCAAGUCUUUUUUUUCCCAGAAUAUAAUAGUACUUCAAAUACUUUUGAAUGCCUUAAUAAUAGUAUAGAUUAUUCAGAACUUCAAUCUAAAUCUAGUCAUACUACCAUAGUUAAUCAACUCUCAGGGUUUAGUACUAUUGCAGUAUUACUUUUUAACAUUGUUGUUUAUGGUGUAACUUCUCGAUUAGAAUGUUUUUUCGAAUAUGAUGUAUAUUGUACCCCUAAAAAAGUUGAUUCAAUUUAUUUCUUCAUUCUUUCAACUGUUAUAACUCGUUCAAUUUCAUCAUUUUUUUCUCAUGAUAAAGAUAUCAAAGUAGUAGAACUUAUGAAGCAUGGGUUUAAAUUUGAUAAUGGAGGCAAUGAAGGAAUUCCUUUUUACAGAGAUCCAUAUAAAUUUGUUUUUCUAACGGUUCUUUCUGAAGAACACGUAUCUAGAUUAUUAGGUCAGCAAAGGCUUUAUCUAAAUGCUGAUUUAGAUGAUGAUAGGAAAAGCAUAAGAAGAGGUUUAUUUGCUAAGAAACUUAUUAAACAUGCGCUUGUUUAUAUGAAUAUUCUUGAAACAGGAAUAUUUCAAUAUUUUACUUAUUCACAUCGAGCAAAUACACCAGAAGUACCAAAAGAUGUACCAAAUAAAGUAACAAAUGAAGUAACAAAUGAAGAAACAAAUGAAAAACCAAAAGAAGAACCAAGAGAAGAAUCAAAAGAAGUAACAUAUAAAGUAACAAAUGAAGAACUAAUUGAAGUAACAGAUAAAAAAAAAAAAAAACGUGAUAGUAAAGACAGCAAAAAAAAUAAGAAAAAAGGAGAAGGAAUGCUUUGGCUUGUAAUCCCUGAUAUUUACGAAUUUAGUGAUUAUGAUCGUUAUAAUUUUAACAAAAGAUUUAAAACAGAGAAAGAUAUUGAAAAAGGAACUACAAUUAAUGAUAUUGAUGGUGAAAAUAUUAUCGCUGAAGAUUUCAUUAAUGAUAUUGAUGAUGAAAAUGAUAUUAAAGAUAGUAAAAAAGGAACUACAAUUAAUGAUAUUGAUGGUGAAAAUAUUAUCGUUGAAGAUUUCAUUAAUGAUAUUGAUGAUGAAAAUAUUAUCAUUGAUGAUAUUAAAGAUAUCAUUGAUGAUAUUAACGAUAUUAUAAAUGCUUUUAAGAAGAAUGCUGAACCAGACAUUGAAGGCCCUGAUUAUGGUGAUAAAUCAGACAUUAAAGACUCUAAAAAUGGUGAUAAUACAGACAAUAAAGAUGAUAAACCAGACAUUGAAGACCCUGAUUAUGGUGAUAAAUCAGAUAUUAAAGACUCUAAAAAUGGUGGUAAAUCAGACAUUAGAAAGAAUAUUAAAGAGAUUCUUGUUAAUCCAAAACAGGAAAAUAUUAAAAUUUUGAAAACUUUUCCUGAUAAGUCAGAUACCGUUUAA